UCGUUCAGGGUUUUGCAUUUGCCUUUCGUACACGAGCGUGGUAUUUUCGGUCAUUUUCUGUAGUAUUUCGUGUUUUUUAGAUCAAGGUGACAGCCACGGAAGCCAGGCGUGCAUUUUCAAACAGUCUUAGGGACGCUGCUGCUGCUCCUACUCAUGCGCAGACAUUUAAAGUCCUGUGCUUUUGAUAACCUUGUGCGCCUAUUCAAAGACACUGCUUGACGCCUGGGUGGGCUCCGGAGUGGCUUGGGACACGCAGUUAAUGCCACAAAUUGAACAAACUACCGUGAGUGAUCGACUAAAGUCAGCGGACAUUAAGUCGAGACGAUUUGUAAAUAGAGUGAUAACGGGUGACCCUGGAUGACCGCUGCUGAGCUCCGUUAUAAUUUACUGGUCACCGAUCUCCCUUCACGCAACAAGGUCGCCAUUUUCAGUCCCGUUUUAUUUGCACGUAUACAGAGUAGGUCAUAGUUGCUGUGCAGCCUUCGUUAGCAUGGAUUUCUUCAUCCUACCGUCUUGGUUAGUUGUCGUGGUGGUUGUGGCCGUCCUGACCAUCAUCUAUCUACACUACAGCAAGGACAACAGGCGGAAGUUUGGCCUUCCAGGACCACCUCCAUUGCCAGUGUUUGGGAACAUAAUAGACAUGUUCAAGUACGGCCUAUGUGACUUAGAUCGCCAUUUUAUUAAGAUGUACGGCAAGGUGUUCGCGCUGUCUACAGGUGUUUUUGGGCACUUUUUAGGGGACAUUGUGAUCGCAGACACGGAAAUGUUAAAAGAGGUGAUGGUGAAACAAGCAAGCAUCUUCUCGGAUCGUAAUGCAGAUCCGGACACACUUGUGACACCAUUCGAUCAGUCGGUGUUUUCAGUGAGAGGUGAACAUUGGAAACAGAUGCGAAGCACGUUAACUCCAACAUUCAGUUCUGGAAAACUGCGACGCAUGGAGGCAAUGAUUCUGAAGUGCGCCAACACCCUGAUCAAGAACCUGAAGAAGAAAGCCGAAGCUAAAGAGAGUUUUGACAACUCAGUCUGGGGCUGCUACACGAUGGACGUGAUAUGUGCUACAGCUUUUGGGAUCGAGGUUGACUCAUUGAAUAACCCUAACCACCCGUAUGUUACAAAUGCCGAACGUGCUAAUAGUUUUAAAGUGACAGAUCCCGCAGUGCUUGGCAUUUUAUUUUUUCCACGAUUGAUGAAAAAACUACAACACAUUCUACGCUACGUUCCCGGAUUCCGUGGGGUAUUAAUGUCUUUCCUGUUUUUUGGCAACGAAACAAAAGGGCUACUGAAAGAGAGAGAACAUGCCCAAGAGGGACACUACAACGAUUUUCUACAGUUGAUGCUCACCGCCCAUACCAUGUCAGCAACCGAAGUUGGGGACGACGAAAAGGAGGUUCAAAAAUGGAAGAAAAAAUCUCUAACGACGGAGGAAAUUGCCGGUAACGGGUUGUUAUUCUUUAGUGCAGGGCAUGGCACCGCAAGUGAUACCUUAGGGUUUACGACAUAUCUCCUAGCGGCCCACCCCGGCGUCCAGCAACGACUCAUCGAGGAGAUUGAUGACGUUCUUCAAGGCACAGAACCCAGCUACGACAACGUGUCAAAGUUGACCUAUCUAGAGCAGGUCUUAAACGAGGCAAUGAGGCUGUAUCCCGUAGGGUUUCGCAUGGAUCGAGUCCCGAACCAAGACACCACAGUAAACGGGUUAUUCAUCCCCAAGGGGACGUGCGUGAUUAUUCCGAUCUACGCUAUCCACAUGGAUCCUGAAAAGUAUCCAGACCCGGAGAAAUUCGACCCAGAGCGAUUCACGCCGGAGGCCAAAGCAAAACGGAACCCUUACUGGUACAUGCCCUUCGGAAUGGGCCCCCGCAACUGUAUUGGUAUGCGUCUGGCCCUGCUCGAGAUGAAGAUUAUCCUUGUGAAGGUCCUGCAGAACUUCACUUUGAAGACAUGCGCGGAGACGCAAAUCCCACUGGUUCUCUCUACAUCAAAACCAAUGAAACCCGAAAAGCCAAUAGUAUUGAAAGUUGAGGGUAGAAAUGCGUAAAUUGAAUGCCAUGUUUUCCAAUAGGCCUAAAGUUAGUUUAUUUUCAUCCGGAGGCACUCUAUACAGGAUUUCCAAGCCAAAAUGAAUUUCUUUGAGAAAAAAAAAACAAAUUUCUCAUAAUCAUGCUUGACUCGUACUUGUAAUUUGAUAAGUUAGCUGUAAAUGAUUGGCCCUUCCUUUAGAAUGGUAUCUUUCAGACCUUCCCCGGGCAUGGCCUAGUUUUCACUUCCCUCCACUUCAUACCACAGGAAAAUAGCGCAGUGCUAAAUUGCAGCCCUGUGUUGUGUAUAAUACACACGUUGCGAGCUGCCAAAGUACCUGACAAUAAUUAGAUGACAUAUCAGGCACUAGGUAUGCUUAAAAAAAGAUUUACGGAUUUUUAUCGUACUUACUGUCUUAAAUGUGGACGUGCAGAUUUUUCAAGAUCAGACUGACUGUAGGGAAAAUUCAAUUUCGUGCAGUGUACCUUUAAGUUUAAACACGUAUUUUCCAUAUCAUAUUAAAGUGCUCCUUUGAAAUGCUGAGUGAAAGUUGAUUUUAAAGCAUCGCAUUUGAGUUAAUACCGGAAAUGGAUUUUUAUUUUAAA